AGGUGGCGUUUCUUGGAACCGCAGAGCGAAAUGAUGUCGACGUCCCCAUCCUGCUAACCCCCGCGGUGGUGAUCUCUCAGCCCAUGUGGGCUAGAGUCGCGUAAGUGCGCGGACGCGAUCAAGUCGGCGCCGCUCUCCAGGCGUGGGAGCUGGAAUGAGCAUGACUGAGGAGUGCUUGCGGGCGGCUUCAUGCGAACCUACUCGCCGCUGCGCGGCUUUGGACGAUGAAGUCCUGUUCCACCGUUUCGAGUUGCGGCCGUGCCAGACGUGCCGCAUCCGCUGCGCUGGGGAGAUUGUGGGAAAGUCGGUUCGGUCUGUGACCUCGACUGAUAAAGAAGCUGAGGCCGUGCAAUCUGAUGGCGCCACCGCCGACGCUGCUAUCUCCGUCCCGGUACCGUCAAGUCACCGGCAGUCCUUUGUUGUCCCCAGCGACUCUGUGGACGACCCCGCCGACGGCGCAGCCCUCGACCAUUUGCUCGCAUCCCAAGCAUCGGCGCGCUCGCAGCUCUCUGCUCCCGCCGCCUGGAGGCCUGUCUACUCGACCGGUUGCUGCCGCUUGGCUUGCAGCCUGCGCGCAAAUCCUUGGUCUGUUGGGAGGUGGAUCGUGCUGCACGCUAUCAGCUCGCUUGUGCACUGGUGCUGCAGCUACCCUGGUCAAGGCCGUGCGGCAAAUCCUUGGUUGCUUCGACGGCCUGGGUCCAGCGAUUUUCAGAGCACAUCCCGGCACAGCGACUGCCCCAAUAGUCGCGGCCCUGCACCUCACCUGCGCUACCGCUCCUCAACACUCUCCCCUUCCCCGUCUCUGUCUCCAACACUUUUCUAGGCCUCUGCCAGCCUCAGGACCCUUUUAACUGGCCCGCCUGCAGUCAUUGAUCGGCUUCGAAACUUGCGGCCCUCUUGGUCUUGUCUCUCCACACCCCAGCAGCCUUGCCCUCGAGUCGUACUUUCCUCGCCCGGUAUCAGCCCAUCUGAACCCACGGAAACCACCGGCCCUGCCCCCAUCGCAGUCUUUCACCGACCGAAAGCUGCCGCAUCACUCGUCCCGCGCCCCCCUCACAGGUCCGAGCCCAUCCGCGGUCUUUUCGACGUUCUUGCAGCUUUGACUAGCUGCGACUACC